AUCAAUGAUUUAUAUUUUUGCUUGAAAGCACAAGUCAUUUAUUUGAUUUUCGGAUCCUGGUUUUCAUCAUUAUUUACGAAUAUGACUUUGACUCGGGUCAUCAGUUUUAUGAAGAGAUUUUAGUUGUAUACCAACAUUAAACAUGCUUAUUUUAUAGCAAGAGCUUUGUGAAAGAAAAUAAUUUUAAUGGAUGUUAUUUAACAUGCUGGGAAACAGUUCAUUUCAUGUUUGUAAUCUUUGUACCGAGGUUGUACAGAAUGUUUUUUAUUUGUCAGUACAAUAUAAAGACAUAAAACUUGCAAAAGAAUAUGGUUGCCUGACCAGAAAAGUAUAUGUCUAAGUUUACAUCAGGAGAAAAUUUAAGAUAUAUAUAGUAUAGGGACAUAGUAUACUGAAAAAGAAAUUUAAGAUAGUAUUUAAGCUACAGUAGCUAUGGUUAAAUAUAAAAAUAGUGCAUGACAUGGAUAAGAAUAAUAAUCAGACAGAAAAAUCAGAUUGCGAGGUCAUAUAUAGGGGACAUGGUGGGAAUUAUCAAAGUGGAAGUACUUGCGCUGAUAAAGGUUGCUCGCAUUUUUCAUCUGGUGGUUUAAAUGAACAGGAGUCAUUACUGAGUGAUGGGGGAAGAAAAUAUGAGGAUCGUAGGAGCGGGCUUGUGCAAGAAACUGAGAUGAGAAAAAAAUUGCAAAAUCCGAUUUCUAGUCAGCUUUUGGACAUAAAGGAAGAAAUAGGUGGAAAUAGCGUUAGAGCAAGUAAUAAGAAGGAAAUGUGUGAUCCGUCGGUACUUGAAGAUAAGGGGACAGAAAAGGGGUCAGCGAUAAGGCCGUUGUUGGGAUUCCAAAAGCAUGGCAAGGAUGUAACAGACAUUGGAAUGACUCGGGAACAUGAAUUAACACACUUCAUAGUGACAGAAAAAGAUAACAAAACUCGGAAACUUUUAAAAAAGCAGUCUGUUCAGAAGAUGGUUGAACUAAAUGGUAACAUUAAAGAUAACUUUGUGGAACACAUGGUUGAUCUUGCGGAUCAAGCUGAACAAGAUAAUUGGAUCAACAGUCUCCCGGGGAGAAUCUAUACAGACACCAAGUCAUCACAGUAUCAAACAUCAGAUAACAAUGAUUGUUCCGAAUGUAAUGUACCGGAUAGGGAAAAUUCUGAAGACUGCAAAUCUGUAGAAGAUAUUGUAUCAAGGAAAAAGAAUUAUUUUCGGGAAAAGUCACAAAGCUCCAAUACUUUGAUAUGUAAACCUGGAAAAAGGGAUGUGGUGGUACCAAAAGUGGAAGUGGAAAAGUCUUCACAGGUUAUAGAAGCUAGGCCAAAAUCUCACCAUUUUCUCUGGACUAUUCCAGAUCCAGGGAGUCAAAAGUUAAACUGGCAUAAACCUCCACUGACUGUAUUGGUUGUGAAGAAAAUAUACGAUGAGGCUGUGCUUGGUCCAUUCAAAGAUCUCAUUCAAUGGCUUAUUGAGGUGCGGAAGAUGAUUGUAUACCUAGAGAGUAAUGUCCUCGAAGAUGGUAUACUGGCGAAUGAUAGUAUAUUUAUUAAAUAUAAGAGCAGGCUUCAAACAUUUAGAGAAGCGAAAGAUGAUCUCACAGACAAGAUAGAUUUCAUAAUCUGUCUAGGAGGAGAUGGUACAUUAUUACAUGCAUCCACAUUAUUCCAGCAAAGUUGUCCCCCUGUAAUGGCAUUUCACCAAGGUUCUCUGGGAUUUUUAACACCAUUCAACUUCGACAACUUUGAGUCUCAAGUUGAACAGGUUCUGGAUGGAAAUGCGUCUCUGUUGCUUAGAUACCGGUUAAAGUGUGUGAUAUGUAAAGAAGAUUCAGAGCUUGGAAGGGUAUCAAGAAUAAAAAAUAUAGAUAGUUCUUCACCUUGUGGCAGGUCACAAAUAUUGGUAUUGAAUGAGGUUGUAGUGGACCGUGGUUCAUCAUCUUUCAUUUGUAACAUAGAUGUAUAUGUUGAAGGUCGUCUUGUCACUUCUGUACAAGGAGAUGGUCUUAUCAUAUCUACACCGACAGGAAGUACAGCAUAUGCAGUUGCAGCUGGUGCGUCAAUGAUCCAUCCAAAUGUCCCGGCAAUUAUGAUCACACCCAUUUGUCCGCAUUCAUUAUCAUUCCGACCAAUUGUUGUUCCUGCUGGUGUUGAAUUAAAGAUAAUGUUGUCCCCAGAUGCACGUAACUCUGCAAUGGUUUCAUUUGAUGGCAGAAAUAGACAAGAAAUUAGACAAGGAGAUAGUGUUCGUAUAACCACUGCCCAGUUUCCACUACCAGCAAUAUGCGCCAAGGACCAGAUUGAGGACUGGUUUGACAGAUUAGCUGAAUGUCUUCACUGGAAUGUCAGAAAACCCCAGAGAUCUUUAGACUCUUCCCGCAAUACCAGUGACUCUAACAUCCCAAAUAAUGAUGUGUUCCAUGAAGAGCAUGGCUCUUGACCAAUCAAUGUAGUUCUCAUGGGUUUACCUGACCAAUCAGAAGCUGAGGCAAGGAAGUAGCUGACCAAUGGCUUUCCAGGAACAAUAUUUGAAAAUUCAAAAAUUUCUAAUUGAAAGCUGGCUUUCAAUGCUCAUUAAAAUACAUUCUUCUAAACAUGAAUCAUGUAUAAUUUUGAAAACCUGACUUAUUUAUAAUGGCUGUUAUUGAUUAUAAUGGAAUCACACAUAAGCAGAGGUUCAACAUGUUCAAUGGAUCAUUUACGUAUAAGUUUUAUUUAAGGUAGCAGACCUGUAUUUAAAAUUGGUAAUUUCCAUUUGAUUUCAUUUUCUACAUAUGUAAUUACUGCAUUCUCUAGUUUUUAAUGGGCGAAAAACGCCAAAAUAACAGACAAGAAUAUGAAAUUUGUACGUAAAUUAACGAUCGUUGUGACAGGCCCACUAUCUUAUAGAUAACAAGUGUUAAAUGUCUGAUGUAGAAUAUCUGUUAAAAUUGAACCCGGUUACAAGUUGUUUCUAGAUUUAUCUGUAGUUCUUGUUAUAGCAGACUAUAUUUACAUGUUUAGACAUAGAAUAUCUGUUGAAAUGGAACCCAGUAGCAUAUUGGUAAUUUUGUUUGUAACAUUUUUUAAAACAGACAGUUUUUAUUCAUAGAAAUAUUUUCCAAAGAUGCAGUUUUUUAUUUGUAGAAAUAUUUUCCAAAGAGAAAGAUGCAGUUUUUUAUUCGUAGAAAUAUUUUCCAAAGAGAAAGAUGCUUUUGAUUUGUCUUCAGGUAGUUGACACUGUAUGACAGUUGGCUGUUUUUAUGUGAUGGCAUAUUCUUGACUGUGAUUUUAGUAUUCUUUGGGGAUUUAUGUAACACAUAUGAGCCAUGCCAUGAGAAAACCAACGUAGUGAGUUUGCAACCAGCAUGGAUCUAGACCAGCCUGCGCAUCCGCGCAGUCUGGUCUGGAUCCAUGCUGGUCGCAAACUCACUAUGUUGGUUUUCUCAUGGCACGGCCCAUAUGAAUGCCAUCACUGUAGCUUGUAUGAGCAUAUGGCUUUCUGUACUAACCAACGAAUGUUUAAAGCAUGUAUAGAGAAUGUGUAUGACAUCAAAAACUGCCAAUUUAGGUCCACAACAUUAGGUCAUUUAAGGUUAAAAAAAAAGAAUGAAAUGGAAUCAGUGAUACCAAUAUUUUACUGGGUUUAUCCGUGAUGUAUCACAUUUACAAGUUUUGAAAUUAGCCAAAUUAUUGGUUAGGUAUGUAAGACAUAUUCUUUGACCCUUACCAUGCUGGACACCAUUGGUUUUGCCUUUGUGACCAGUGUAAAACAUGAUCAGCCUGCACAUUUGUGCAGUCUGAUUAUGAUCUGCAUUGUUCGCCAUUCAGUCAGUAUCUUUUAGAUAAUCACCCCCUUUUAACAGUUAAUAAUACUGUCCAAAUUGAAAGAUGGACAAGUUUACUGUGAAAUCAUUUAAUUUCGUCGGCACGAAAUUUCGUGGUUUUGACCAAAAUGGCUGUUUCGUGGGGACGUAAAUUCAUGGAUUUUCAAUUUUUGAAAAAAAAAAAAAAAUCAAAAAGAAAUCAUAAUUUCCACAGGAAUAGAUCUACUAGUACUUCUGUCCAUACAUGUGAAACAUACACUUGUCAAACAGCGCUACCAUGGUUACCGAAUUUGCAAUCAACGCCGCGGGAGAUUAGCGAGUGAUCAUGUUCCAGUUAACGACUGCGUUAUCUAGAAUUAUACGAACCCUAAUUUGUAAAACUUUUUAGAACUCUGAAAUAUUCAAUGAGAAAAGUCGGCGCCAAUUAAAAAGUGUCAAAACCGUAGCACCUUGCACAAUUAGCAUUCAUAAUCGAAACAAAUUAAAGAUUUAAAUAAUGUAGUGCUAGUAUAACCAUAAUAAUUCUUACAUAAACUAUUAUAAACUGGUCCGACUUUUUUUUUGGCAAAAGGAAUGCGCAUCUGCAUCUAAAAUUACAAGCUGUUGAACUUGUGCAUGUGUUAUUUCCUGCCGAGAAACGUGUAAUCUGGAUUAGGUAUAAAUGCAUCGGAUACAAAUCUUACAAUUAAUAUGUAAUAUUUAAUAGUUCCAAAGUCAUAGUAUUUUACUACAUGUCAUUGAAAUAAGGGCUAGAGUAUAAACAUUGCAUAGCGGGGCCGUAAAAAAUCAUAUAACAGCCGUAUUAUAGUGUAGCUGGCACCUGACGCUACGUCAAACUUCUUUAUUAUCCCCCGCCGAUGAAAUCGGGAGGGGGGUAUUGAAAUGGCGUUGUCCGUCCGUCAGUCCGUCCGUCCGUCCGUCCGCAGCCAUUUCUCAGUAACUACUUGGUAGAAUUUCAUGAAACUUGAAAUAAACAUGAACCAACAUACUGCGAUGAUGCCCGUCAAGUUUUUUUUUUGAUUGGUCAAUUUCCCUCAGAGUUAUUGCCCUUGAUUUAAUAAAAAAUGUCUGUCUGCAGCUAUUUCUCAGUAACUAACAGGUAGAAUUUCAUCAAAUUUGAAAUAGACAUGAACCAAGAUACUGCGCUGAUGCCCAUCAAGUUUUUUU